AUGCGCCCUUGUUGCGUGUGUUAUAUAUUGGCUGUUGCCUUAGCAGUUGGUUUCCCACGCGCCAAUGCAGUAGGAAGGAGAAAUAAAGAACUCGUGAUAGAUAAAGCGAAAACGUGUCAAACUAACAAAACCGAUUCGUUCUUGAUCAAAUUUACCGUUCCGGCUAACUUCUCGUCCAGCAACAACGUGGUGCGCUUUUACGGGAACUUUUCCGUACUGCAGGAAAUUCGACCCCCACUGGAGCUCACGCUCAUUGCGUAUCGCUGUACGCUUGAUUUGCAAAACUGUCAACGAUACAAUGCACUGCAAGUGCCUAAAAUUUGUUCCUUCCUGACGGACACUAAUUCCUUCUGGUCUCCGUUUGUACGAAGCGUCGAACCGACUGUGAAAUGUCCAAUACAACCGGCAACGUACUUAUUCAAGGAUUCAGCGUUUGAUUUGAGCUUCUUUACCAGCUUCCCGUUGGAGGGGUACACCUGGCAGGUCACGAUGAAGUUGUACUCCACCGCGAGCACACCGAAGAAGGAGGUUUUCUGUUUUGCCGCUCAAGCGACUUUGAAGCGAGUUAGGAAAAAUUAA